GAUGUACUGGAGAGAACAGCAGUCCGACAAUGGCAGCGGAACCAUUCCUUGCCUUCACAUUUCUGUUGUACGCCGGACGCGAGUUUGUAUGGAACCGGAUGUUCAGCCGGCUUUCCAACAUGGAGGCGUCCGUGGAGAGUGUUUUCUGAAGGAGACUAAUCUCUGUGCUCAUUCUUCUGUAUAAACGGUGAGUGAUGGCUCCAGCAUGAAGUGUAGCCGCUGCCUGCUCCAGCUGCAGGGCCUUAGGCUGCUGCAGGCUCAGAUAGUCAGACCUGCUGCCCAGCCUGCCUCCCUCCAUCAGCCCACCAGCACCACCAGCACCACCCAGCACCAGGCAUUGAGGCGUUUCCAUGGCAGCCCCGUGUGUUCCAAAGAUCGGCCCGUACCUGCAGAAUUCAUCAACGACGACGACGACGACAAGAAGAAGAAUAAGUCUCUGGUUACCCACGACGACCUGUUCGAGAAGGUGGCCAAAGACGAUAAAACCAAGGCCACGUUUAACAAAGCGGUGGACGUGUUCCUCAAGAGAGACAUCAGACGACGCGGUCACGUUGAGUUCAUCUACGCUGCUCUGAAGAAGAUGCCUGAGUUCGGAGUGGAGAGAGACCUCGUCGUCUACAACAAGCUGCUGGAUGUUUUCCCCAAAGAGGUUUUCGUACCCAGGAACUUCAUCCAGAGAAUGUUCAACCAUUACCCCAGACAGCAGGAGUGUGGGGUGCAGAUACUGGAGCAGAUGGAGAACUAUGGUAUCACGCCCAACAUGGAGACCAAAGUCCUGCUGGUGCAGAUUUUUGGAGAGAAGGGUCACCCCAUGAGAAAGUUCCAGCGCAUCAUGUACUGGUUCCCCAAGUUCAAGCACAUAAACCCUUUCCCCGUCCCGCAGCAUCUGCCUGAAGACCCAGUGGAUCUGGCUCGUUUCAGUCUGACCCGCAUCGCUAACGACCUGGAUGCUAAAGUCACCGUCUACCAGAUGCCCUGCACAGACAUUACAGAGAGUGGAGAGGAGAUAACACUCCCACAUAUAGUAGGCAUCCAGAGCCCCGGCCAGAUGGAGCUGCUGGCCAAGCAUAACCCGAGCAGGCCUGUGUUUGUGGAGGGACCCUUCCCCCUGUGGCUGAGGAAGACCUGUGUCCACUACUACAUCCUCAGAGCUGACCCCGCCCCGCCUGAAGAGCAGGUAGAGGAGCCCUAUGAUCCAGAGAGGUGUUUUGACUAUCCUCUGCAGCUAGACCUGGAUUUGGACCGAGACCUUGGAGACACUGAGAGCUUCGAUGUAGAAGACUUGGAUGAGGGUCCAGUCUUUGCCAUGUGUAUGACCAGCCAGGGAGACCAGACCGUCCUCAACCAGUGGAUCUCUGGCCUCCAGCAGACCAACCCCGUCCUGGGUCAGGUGCCCACCCUGUUCCGUCUGGACGCAGGACCCAAAGAGCUGCAGGCACCACCCAGCACAGAGUCAGACUACCAGCAGCACCACCAUCAUCAUCAUCAUCCUCCUCCAGCAGAACCAGAGAGCCAGAGGAGGGAGUCACACCAUGAAGAAGAAGGUGAAGUUGUACUGGAGGAGGAGCAGAGGAGAAGCCAAGGGAUGAAGCAGUGAUCAUCAUCAUCACAUACUGUAAUGACUGAUGUAGUGUGAGUUCAUACUGUGACUGAGCUGCUGCUGCUUCACUGUCAAUAGUUCAACAACUAGAACAGAACCAAAGGAACUCUGAAUCCUGUUGCAACAGCAGUUAAAGCAAUUCAAGUAAAACUAUGUUUUGUCAUGUUAGUGAUCUUCAAAGCUUGCUGAGUCAUUUUAAAUUAUCUAAGGCAGUGGUUCUCUAUUUGGGGGGCAGGACCCCCACAUGGGACAUGACUAACCAGAGAGGAAGGCAGAAAAACAACAGAUUUCUGCCACACAAAAUCAUUUUCUCCUACUUUUCUCUCAUCGGCUGCAUAAUUGAACGUCUUCAGGCCUCUUUAAUUAUAGAGAUAAAACAAAGGAGAAAAAGCUUUCUUCAGUUGAACUGGUCUCAACCUAUAAACACUCUUAUGUUCAGUGUUUAGAAGUAGAAAAGGUUGGAAAUUACUGAUCUAACAAGAAUGCAGGCUUUUGAUUGGGCUGUGCUUAGUUUUCCAAGAAUCCAUUCAAACAUUAAACUUCAAGGCUUAAAGCUGAAGUUAGUUGUGCUACAUGUCAGGUAUUACUGCUGAAUCAUGAACACAAUUAGAACAUCUGAAUGUACAGCUGUUGUUUUUCUUUGAAGAGUAUUAUUUAUUGAAUCUGUAAGUUGUACUAAAAGCUGAUAGAACAUCAUCAUCCUCUGUAAUCUUCUUCAGAAGUCAGUUCUAUUCAUUAACAUGGGAGUAUGUAACAUAUAAGUGUUCAAACAUGAGGUCUUACUGCAGAUUCCAGCCUGAUGGUUAAUGUGAGCAGAAGAAGGAAAUUGCUCAGAGCUGUACAAAUGUUAUCUAUAAUGUGUAGAAUAUUAUAUAUAUGUAACACAGUGCUCUAAAGUCAACUUCAUGAAAGCCUCUUUUAUGAAUAAGAAGAAAGUGCUGCUGUGUGUGUCCAUCCUUCACUAAUGACCUGCUGAGGGACUGUAAUAAAAAGACAAGAAGAAUCCCUCUAUGUGUUUGACUGUG